GGGAUCGACCUUCUGGCAAUAGAAAAUGGCGGCAUCAACAAACUGAUACGAGCAAAUGGUCGUCUCAACUUCACGUGCUUUGACUGAUUGGUUUAGUACUAUGUGGAUUCCAUGAUUUCAUUUUUGGGAAGGAAAUUUUUACCAAUGAUUUAAAGACUUGAAGUGAUCAGAAUGAUACCAAAGCCUACAACAGAUGAGAAUCUUUUCCAAAAUUAUCCAGAUUCUGGAUAAUACAGGAAUCCCAUGAAAAAGAACAGUCAGACAAUGGAUGCUAAGCAAAGAGAAAAUGUACAGAGAUCUGGAGUUGUGGUGGACUUUGAUGCAAAACUUCAUGGCAAAAACUCGUCAGUAAAUCAAGAUGGAUCCUUUUCUCUCCAAAACACCAUACAAAACCAAGCAACAACGGAUUACUCCACUCUUUUGCCAAACAUGUUUCUACAAACUAUUAAUUUUGAUGCUGCUUUUCAACAACUGGGUAUGAGAGGAAAUGGUUCUGGUGCUGCAAUGGAUAAUGGGAACCUAGAUGAUGAGGAAGAAUCUGAUGUGAAUCCUUUGGAGCAACAACAAGUGAUGGAACAAGCUCUGCUACUGCAGCGAUUCAAGGAGCUCAGACAGUGGCAAAUGCAGCAACAGGAAAAGUUGAUGAGUCAGCAGAAACAGCAGCUAGAACUUUUACGCAAAGAACAGAUGACAAUCAAAUCUGUCCUAAGCAAGAACAAGGACUCUAAAAUAGGAGGAGCGAGCUUAAAUGAUGACGCUCUAACAAGAACACCACCACCAUCACAAAGAUUCACAAGACCCAGAGAGAUGGAUCGCAACAUGAAGGCAGCAGAGAUGUACAGCUCACGAGGUGUACCACACGAGGAACAAAUGCUCAGCAGUGGAAAGCUGCCUGUACCGGUCAUGUAUGUCCCACUUAAUGAGGAUAAAGAUGAAAUAAAUACUAAUCCGGAUUUGUUCAGUGACACAAACUCACGCACCAGUGAAAUGACAGAGGAAAGGUUCUACAGAGAAGAAAUGGUACACAAAAGAGAGAAGUCACCAAAUGAGGACGAUGAAGAGAUGGAAGAUGAAAUGGAUGAUGAUCAGUUGAAAAGUUUAUCUGAUUAUGAUAUAGAAGAUGGAGAUUUCGACGAACCUGAUGAAAUUCAAAAUGAGGAAAUAACUGACCCAGAUGAAAGACCGAUUUUAGUCACAAAAACUUUUGAGGAGUUGUUGGAAGAACAAUUAAGGGCUGAAAGUGAAAAGAGAAAUUCAGAAAAUGUAAGGAGUGUGGAUAGUCCAAAGCAUCUGUUUUUGAAGAAAGGACAAGGUAUUUCCAGGUAUGGUUCUUUAAAAGACAAAAAAGCCAAUAUUAGACCACCUCCGAGACCCCAAGCUGAAAAGUCCUUAGAAUUAAAAGUAAACACUGGUCAACAAGCAGAAAAAACAGCUGCCAAAAACCUGUCACAUCAAACAAAAACAUCUUCAAAGGCAAGCUUGCAAAAACAAAAUGAAAUUAGAAAUAGUGAAAAGACACUGAGAAGUGGGCAGCCAGUAAUGACAAAGCCAACAGCAACAAAAGCCAUGAUUGAUCCUAAAAGUACUAAACCUCCCAAUACGCAGGGUCAGACUUCAUCCAACAAAACUAUCAACACGCAGGGUCAGACUUUAUCCAACAAAACUAUCAAGAAUAACAGUAAGCAAGAUGAACAGAGAAAAAGUGGUCUGAGAAAAUCUUCCAUCCCAGAUGAUGCUUCCUUUGUUGGCAAACUACAUGAAAGGGAGAUGAAUGAGGAGUUAGAGAAGGGUGACUUAGAAGAGUUUGAAAUGCUGGAAAAUUUAGCUGACAAUAUGUCUUACUGUAGCAGCACAUCCGUAAUGGUGCAGAAGAUGGAAGACAGAGUGAAAGAUAAAAAGAGAAACCAGUCUAAGUUGGUGCUAAAACCUCUCACACAGACUGUUAAACCUGGUAUGCAGAACAAUGGCGGCAGUGAGAAGGCAACUGUGAAAUCAGGUGCAAUUUCUUCUGCUUCUGGUUCAGAACGCACAAAACCACCUGUUUUCACUAAAAUUGAACUCCCCAAGUCAGUCGUUGAAAAAAUAGACAUUGCAUCUUCAGAAAGUGAGGAAGAAGAAACAGAUUCCUAUGCUUUUGAGACAACUGACUCAGACAGUGAGCAAGAAAGGCAAAGUGAUCUCAAUCAAGUGAAUAACGAGGACACAGAUGAAGACGAUUAUAAAAACAAAAAUGAAAAUGCAGAUGAAGAGGUUACAUCUCCAUCAAAAUUAAUGAAAAGGAAGAUAGCACAGAAAGACAGAUCGAGUCCAAUACCGCAAGUCAUGAGAGAAAGAAACGUGCUUCAAUUGUUCAAGAGUUCUGGGAUUGCAAAAACUAUUGAAAUUAAAACUGACUUUAUCAAUCAGAGCGAUGAACAGAGUGAAGCAGACGACAGUGAAAAAGACUUUCAGAUGCAUGGAAAAUUUCUGAAUGGAAAUUCUGAUGACAGUGAUAGUGAAGGCAGUCUGGUGUCUUAUUCAGACCUGAACAUUAAGAAAAAUUACAAUGAAACUAAGAACAAGGCUACAUCAAGAAGAUCAGAUGUCCACGAGUAUGAUGAUGAAGAGGAAUGGGGAGAAACUACGCUUAAAGCUCACUCACCUGGUCUCACUAGUCAGAAACCCUCUGAGGCUAUAGAGAGGAGCACACCACCCACUUCCAAACUGAUGACCAAACUUUUCCCCAAACUAAAGAAGAAUGAAACCAAGGAAACCCAGAAUCAAGGGAACUUCCAGGUGAAUACAGUUUUGCCGUCUGAUGGAGUGCAGUCCAGAUUACUGAGGGAAAAACUGGCAGAGCUAGACAAAGAGAUAGAGAAGUUUAGGAAUGAAAAUGUUAACCUGCAGAAACUAAGAAAGGAAAGGGAAGAUAGUCUAUCAAAAUUAAAGAAGGAGGUUUCUGAUUUUGAAAAAGAAAAGUCAGAGGAGUUGAAAAGAAUUCAAGAAUAUAAAACAGAGGAGAUAAAGAAACUACGACACGAGAAGAAGGUGUUUGAGCAGUUACAGAAGGCAAAACGGAAUAACCCAGACAAGAAGGAGAGGGAGGAGAUAGAAAUGCUGAAAACUCAGCUGAGGGAACUGCAGGAGGAGAUGAAGAGGAAGGAAUUAAGGUGGUCCGCUAACGAUGCUCGAACAAAAGAAAAACUAAAACAGCUGGAGCAUGAAAAUUCACAACUGAAGGAAGAAAUCAAAGUAAUGGAGAAAAAACGUCUGGAAUGGCUGCAGAAAGAGAAAAAUUCACAGCACGAAAAGAAAUCCCAAGAAAUAGGAGCCAUAUCUAAGAAUUCUGCCAGGCCCCAGGCAAUCUCAACCUCUGCUGACUUUCAGAAUUCUGCCAGGCCCCAGGCAAUCUCAACCUCUGCUGACUUUCAGAUGACAGACUCGGAUGAAGAGAAGGACCCAGUGAGAGAUAUACCCGUAAACAAAUCAACUACCUCCCUACUUAAUCAGUUCUCGCAAAAGAUGGACAAAAGCAGGUCACAAUUUGAUGAGGGACCUGCUACAAGUAGGCAGAGACCAGUCACAAGCUCGGGGAAUUUCUACAUGACACAGCCAGAGAAUUCAUUGAAUCCGAAACUCAGUCAAAGUGAUGGUUCCCAGGCUUCUAAAGAGGAUGUACCACGAGGCGACCCGAUUGUGUCAGCAGUUCCACAGGACACGAGUAUAUACACGGAAGGGGGCAUGGACGGGUCUUAUCUUGAAUGGGUUCCCAGGAAGACUGCUCAGAAAUACUCCAUUGAUCGCUCAGUCAUUGACAAAGGUGAUAAAAGGUUUCGAGAAGUACAACAUCCGGAUGGAAAAGUGGAGAAAAUAUACAGCACUGGUGUCCGUGAAAUCUUGUUUACAAAUGGUACAAGGAAAGAGAUUUCUGCUGAUGGAAAAUCUGUUGUUGUGUCUUUCUUUAACGGUGACGUGAAACAAGUGACUGCAGACCAAAGAGUCAUUUAUUACUAUGCGGAGGUGCAGACAACUCACAGCACGUAUCCAGAUGGACUGGAAAUCAUACAAUUCCCAAACAACCAAGUAGAAAAACACUAUCCGGAGGGAACAAAAGAAAUCAUUUUUCCAGAUCAGACUAUCAAAUACCUGUUUCUGAAUGGGUCGGAAGAAAGCAUCUUUCCUGAUGGAACUGUGAUCCGGGUGGACAGGGAUGGGACCAAGACGAUGGAGUUUCCGAAUGGUCAGAAGGAGAUUCACACCCAGGACUACAAGAGGAGGGAGUAUCCGGAUGGAACUGUGAAGACGGUGUAUCCGGACGGUCGACAGGAAACCAAGUACUCCAAUGGAAGGAUUCGAGUGAAAGAUCGGGAGGGAAACAUAAUCAUUGAUAGAAGAUCAUGAAUUCAACAAGAAAGUUUUUUCUCUCUUGUUAACAGGAUAUGAAAUGUAAACUUUUAUAAAACACUUAAAAACAGUGAGGUUCAUAUUCUGUCCAAUACGUGACAAAUAGAAUGAUGAACAAGAAUAUAGAUCUAAGUGAUAACAAUUGCUACAUGUGUAUGUAAUAUAUAUAUAUAUAAAUAUUUGUUGCUAUAACAGAAUGUAAUAUUUUGUUACGUAUUUAACAUGGAUAGAUCAUAAGAUUUCUCUACAUAAUGUAGAAUUUUAGUACUUUCUCUAUUUAUGUCUUUUAUUUGGAUUCAUUCUCAAAUGUACAUCAGCCUCCAGCCUCCCCCCCCCCCCCCCCCCCCCCCCCCCCCCCAGAAGAAUCGCAGCAGUGUGAUUGUAUAUUAAUUUGAAUGAAAGUGUCAUUGUAUUUCAUUCUAAUGUAUAAUUGCACUAGGUGCAGGUAAUUUGUAUGUUGCUAUAUUUUUAUCAGUGUGACUUGACAUACCCGGUAGUCAUAGUUUAUCAAACUUUGUCUACUGAUAACAUUUUAAAAAUAUUUUGUCAGUGUUGAGAUGGGGUAUUGAAUGAAAUUUUGAAAAUGAACAGAAGUGUUAAACAGUUUAAAUAAAACAUGUAAUUUAGUAUGCUCAUUAUUACCAGGCAGGUUUUGUUGAUAGAUUUUUUGUCUUACUUCAGAUUUCAAAUUUUAUUGGUUUUUUUUCAAGUAAUAUUAUUUAUUUACCCUCCAUUUUAUUCACACCAUAUCCUAAAAUGAAAAGUUAAAACUGGACAAAAUUAGCGAUAAAUGAUUUGGGUUAAAUUUAAAUGGAACAAAAUUGUUUUAAAUGUGUCUGGACAAAAAUGACGAGGCAAAAGUUUCCUUAUAGAUAGUAACUGUAGGCCUAGGUGUGUCUUAUAUAAGAUCUGAAUGAAAUACAACUGUGAUAUUUUAUAACUUGGAUAAGAAACAUCUAAUAUUUUUAGUAAGUUUAGCGUGUAUUGGAAUUUGCAAAUAUCCUCAUUUUAUGUACGAAUUAUAAUUUCUGACAAAGUGUUGAUAUUACGUGUAUAUCUCACCAAUACACUUUUGCUUUAAGGACCUGUGCGACAUUUCUGAUAUUCUCUCUAAAAUUAUUUUCCAUCUCCUUCAUAUGAAAAGUUUUUGUAUGAUUUCUGAAAUAGGUUUGAAUUUUAUAUUGUAGUAAUAUUCCCAUACUUUGUAUAUCGACUAGGGUAGCUCAGUGGUUAUAUCAUUUAGCUAGACAAGUAAUGCCAGGAUUAUGGGUUCGAUCAGUCCCCCAUUGUUCCAGAUAUUUUUCUCCCUUUUUUGCUACAAUAAAUAUGUAAUGUCUGUACUUGUAUAUACAAAUUUCUGUAUUACAUAAGACCAGAAUUUACAUGUUUACAUUCUACAAUCAUGAACUAUCAAAAUAUGCAAACUCGAAAAUAGACAUGAUAUCAUAACUCAAGUUUUGUUUUUUUUUUUGUAGAAGCAAGAUAGAUAGCAUGGGAAUUGUAUAUGUAAAAUGUCUUGAAUAAUAUACAUUAAUUUUAUUAUCGAGAAACUUCACAUAUGUCCUUACAGUUGAUAUGAGAUUUUUAAAACAUUCUGUUAGCAACAAAAUUCCCCGUACGAAUGUCAAAGGUAAAUCAUGCAGAUGGGCAACACCCAACCUUGAAGUUGUAAUUCUUAUCAGCAAUGUAUUUAUUUUAAUUUAUAGAUCUGAUCGUUUUAUUUAUCAUACAAAUGUACAACAUACCUAUAAAUAUAGUUGCUAUUUUUCUGUUAAUUAAAGUUUUGAAAACAG